AUGGGCGAGCAAUCCCUCUCCCAGCCCUUUCCCCAUCCCCUCUCCCCGUCGCCCGCCGCAUCCGCCGCCGCUACGCCGCCAGCCACCGCCCUCGUCGUCCCCCCCUCCGCUUCCCGCCCCAAGAAGAAGGCCCGGUCGUCCGGCUCCAACCCGGCGCCCAAGAAGCCCCGCCUGGUGCCGUCCGUCCGGGGCCGGCCCCUCUCGGCCGACGGCGAGGUGGACGCGGCCAUCCGCCACCUGCGCGCGGCCGACCCGGCCCUGGCCCCCGUCAUCGACGCGCACGACCCCCCGUCGUUCCACUGCCCGCAUCCCCCAUUUCACUCCCUCGUCCGAUCCGUUCUCUACCAGCAGCUCGCCUUCAAGGCCGCCGCCUCCGUCUACUCCCGGUUCAUCGCGCUCGUCGGCGGCGAGGCCGGCGUGCUCCCGGACGCCGUCCUCGCGCUCUCCCCCGAGCAGCUCCGCCAAAUCGGGGUCUCCGCGCGCAAGGCGUCCUACCUCCAUGACCUCGCCCGCAAGUACGCGUCGGGGAUCCUCUCCGACGACAGCAUCGUCGCCAUGGACGACCGCUCCCUCGCCGCAAUGCUCACCAUGGUCAACGGCAUCGGCGCCUGGAGCGUCCACAUGUUCAUGAUCUUCUCCCUGGCGCGCCCGGAUGUGCUCCCCUCCGCGGAUCUCGGGAUCCGCAAGGGCGUGCAGAUGCUGUAUGGGCUGGAGGAUGUGCCCCGGCCGUCGCAGAUGGAGAAGCUCUGCGAGCGCUGGCGCCCUUACCGCUCCGUCGCCGCCUGGUACAUGUGGCGGCUCAUCGAGUCCAAGGCGGCACAGACGGCAGCGGCCAUGCCUGUCGUGCCAACUGCAAUGCCUGCGCCUGGUGAGGAGUUCAUGCUCCAGCAACACCAGCAGCAGCAGCACCACCAUCAGCAUCAGCAGCAACAGCAACAAGCUGCCAUCCAAAUGCUCGAUCCGGUUCAGAUGCUUCCAGGAUUGGGGUGA